CCAAAACUGAAGAUCCCGACAUUGGAUGUAAUUGAUAUCAUUGGGUAUUCCUACUGCGUUGAUCUGGAUCGGGCAGAGAUCAACCGGAAACGUCUAAAGCUAGCGUCGAAAACACAACAAUUUGCAAAUCGUUUGUUGAUCAAUGCAACUGGUUUGCUUGAUAUUUCACACCAGAAUCCAGUGGUACUCACUUGGCCACAGAACAAGAACUGUACUGUGCUCAGUGGUGUUACUGGUCGAAUUCUUUAA